AUGGCAAGAUGUGGGAUUAAAAAACAAAACACAGUCACCACCCAGCCACAGGUAUGCAUCGGGCAGGAGACAGAACAGAAAGAGAAAGAGGUGCAGAAUCUGCCCAGCUGCCAAAGACAGACAAGUCAGCAGCUGGUGUUCAGUGGCAGGCCUGUUUGCAAGGAGCACAAAUCUGUAGUUGUCAUUUGUGAGGCAUGCGGAAACGCUGCUGACGAGGACUCGUAUCGAGGGCCUCCUGGAGUGUGUGGCCUCACAAACCUAGGCAACACCUGCUUCAUGAACUCAGCUUUACAGUGUCUGAGUAACACGCCACCACUGAUGUAUUUUCUGAGGAACUCGUAUCUGGAGGAGCUUCUGAACUUCACAAACCCUCUGGGCAUGAAGGGUGAAAUUGCUGAAGCCUACGCAGAUGUUAUCAAGCAGAUGUGGUCAGGCAGACACUAUUCUGUGGUUCCUCGGGUAUUUAAGGUAACGUCGGGCCACUUUGCGUCACAGUUUUUUCUGGGCUACCAGCAACACGACUCUCAGGAGCUGCUGUCUUUCCUGUUGGAAGGUCUACAUGAAGACCUCAACCGGGUCAAAAAGAAGGAGUAUAUUGAACUCAGGGAUGCUGAUGGCAGACCUGACCAGGAAGUUGCUGAGGAAGCAUGGCGUAACCAUUUGCGGCGGAACGAUUCAGUCAUCGUCGACACAUUCCACGGCUUGUUUAAGUCAACGCUGGUGUGUCCCGAAUGCAACAAGGUCUCUGUGACCUUCGACCCCUUCUGCUACUUGAGUGUGCCCUUACCUGUUAGUAAGGAGAGGGUCAUGGAGGUCUUCUAUGUAUCGCUGGAUCCCACAGCCAAACCCACCCAGUAUCGUCUGAUUGUACCUAAAGCUGGGCGAGUGAUUGACUUGUGCACUUCCCUUUCUCAGGCAACAGGCGUCCCUCCCAACCAGAUGGCUGUGGCAGAUGUUUUCAAUCACCGCUUCUAUAGGAUUUACCAGGCUGAUGAAUCCUUAAGCUGUAUAUUGGACCGGGAUGAUAUAUUUGUGUAUCAGCUGAGCAGUGGUUGUGUGGAUCAGGAUGGUGAAGAGGUGGUUAUGGCCAUCUAUAUGCGUGAACGCUCCCAUUACAGAGAUUACGGCUCGGGAAGCAACAACUAUGGCACCUCCCUGUUCGGUCACCCGCUGCUGAUGUCUGUGCCACGCGCCCAGUGCACACGGGAAGAUCUCUACCAGCUCCUCCUGAAAAGACUGGCGCGAUAUGUCCAUCCCCUAGACCCUUCAGAAGAAGUAGAGGAAGAAGAAGAUGAGGAAGAUUUGUACAAGGCUCAAACCAAUGGAGUUAGUGAUGAUGAGGGCGAGGAAGACUCUGAGGAGGCAGGGCCAUCCAAGAAAGAGGAGGAGACUCAAGAAAGCGGCCAGGCCGAAGAGCAGAACAACUGCCAAUCAGAAGCCAGCCCAAGCAGCGAGGGGGAGGAGAAAGCUGAGGAGGAGGAGUCGAGUAGCGAACCGGACCGGGGCAGCAGUACCGAGGAGGGCCAAUCAGCAUGCGGCAGCACUGACACCAACUCCCAAGAUGCCACUGACGGGGACCAAAGUGCUGGUGUGGAACCCUCGGGAAAGGAGGAAGAGGAUGAAGAUGAGGACGAAGAAGAAGAAGAGGAGGCCGCAUCUUGCGCUCAGGCAAACAAGAGGCUUCCGGGAAGACGGCGCAACACUGAGAAGCAGAAAAAAGCCCUCUUUACCAUUCAGGCGGUGAACUCUAAUGGCACCACAGAGCGAGGGAUGGGAGAGGUGGACGGCGGCUUCUCUUUUAGCUCUCAGCCAUACAUCGCCAUCGACUGGGACCCUGACAUGAAGAAGAAGUACUACAAUGAGAAUGAAGCCGAGAAAUAUAUAAAGCAUCAGAGCAUGGAUGUCCCUCACCAGCAAAUCACAGUGCAGCUGCAGGAAUGCAUAGAGCUCUUUACCACGGUAGAGACACUGGAAGAGGAAAACCCCUGGUAUUGUCCAACAUGUAAAAAGCAUCAGCUUGCCACUAAGAAAUUGGAUCUGUGGUCUUUGCCUGAGGUUCUUAUCAUCCAUUUAAAGCGCUUCUCCUACACAAAAUACUCUCGAGAGAAACUGGAUACCAUCGUGGAGUUCCCCCUGCGGGAUCUGGACUUCUCAGGUUUCCUCCUAAAGAAGACCGUGAACAGUACUGAACCUCCCUGUAGAUAUGACCUGAUCUCUGUGUCCAACCACUUCGGCGGACUCCGAGAUGGCCACUAUACUAGUUAUGCCCGGAACAAGGACAACGGUCAGUGGUAUUACUUUGACGACAGCAAGGUGACCUAUGCAAGGGAGGAACAAAUAGUGACCAGUGCCGUCUACCUCCUGUUCUACCAGCGCCAAGACAAGAUCCGCCAGCCCACCGUCCCUCCACCCGUCCCCUCCUCCAGCCAGCCCGAGAACCACGUCUCAUCCCAGACCCACGAUGGCAUGGAUGGAGCCUCUUCCUGUGUCAGCAUGGAGACGGACUGAUUUCUGUCCACUUCAUUCUUUCUUACUCUCAUCUUCCUAAUCAACAUAAACUUGAAGCUCCGCCUCUGCUCUGACUCCGACAGGAAGUGCGAGGCAGGGGCACCUCUCUCAGGCUGGUGCACGAGCAUCAUGGGGUGUGAAUGUAGAAUUAUUUUUUUUUUUUCUUCCUGUAAGACAAACUCAAGGAAACGGGUUAGGCUGGUAGCGGCGGAUUCAGAGAUCGCGCACUGAUUUAUCUGCGGCGAGCUUCAGUGACGAUGAGAAUUCAGAGAAUGAGGUUUGCGCUGCAGUUCAUCGUCACCGACAUGUUCUUUAUUUUUUCCUAAGCUUGCUGUCCAUGGUGGUGAUGUUUGAUCUGAACAUACCACCGUGUUUGGCAUCAUGAAUCAGUUUAUUCCAGCAGCGACGUUCAUCAUGGGCGCUUUCAGCAGGGACGGUUGGGCUUUCUCAUAUCAGGGAUGUCAUGUGCUUCAGAUAUCUGAGAUCUUGUAAAAAGGUGUGGGUGGAGAAAUAGGUGGAGGUAAAUGAGAUAUAGCUUUCUGUCCACUCACUCGUGAACUAUUUAUUUUCAUAAUUGCUAGAUGCUAAUGUGGAGUGAGAGAUUGUAAUUCUAAAGAGCGGCUUCUAAAGAUCUUCCAUUUUUAUUUUCAAUCUUGUGAUGGGGUUUUUUUCCGUCUGUCAUGAGGUCUGGGAAGAGCCACUCUGUUGCGGGACACAAACAGAGGCCUGUUUUCCAGUGAGAAUUUGCUUUUUUAUCUUAAUUAAAAAGGAAAUGCACAGCAAGAUUUAAAUAUUACAUUCUUUUUGACUAAUUGCGUGCAAUUUAUAACAAACUCUUUGGAGCAAUGAGAAUAUUUCAUCAAAGUGCUUUCUGGAUAGAGCUCUUUUCGGGAUGAUUUUUAAAGCACCUCUGUACAGUAUUUUUGUAUUGUCAUAAAUGUUGUAUUAUCUUUGAUCAUUUGGAUCAGAUGCUGGGAAUGUGGGAGCUUUCAUUUUAUUUUGUUUAUUAUAGAUUGAAUAUAUAAUUGUAUACACAUCUUUUUAUAUGAAUAAAUGCUGACUAUAAAGUCAAGGUUAGAUUGGA